CCCGUGUGCAGAGUGGGGGCGCGUCCAGCAAUUAUAUUGCUGAUCGCUGCGUACCCGAUACAAAGACGACGUUGUCUAUGUUGUGGGAUGAAAUAAUAGUUUGGCGCCAUCUGGUGGUGGCUGUCUCCUCGCCGCCCGAGAUGGAUCGGUGAUCUUCAAGCAUUUCCAUCUUGGCGCGAUAUCGCGCAGCACCCGAAUGCCACGCAGCGACCAGACCCCAAUCGACCCUUCUUCACACACGACCUUUAGCAUGACGCUCACGCUCGCGGUCGGCUUUACGAUUAGCUUUCUCUCAUCGCUAUUGAGCGUCUGUGCGGCAGAGCCGUUCGAAGCCCACGUGUACGAGUCCAAGACUGCUGUGACCAAGUCCAACCUCUCGCGCCAGCCAUCGCGCUCGCGGCUCUCCAAGCGCAGUCUCUCCAAGAGCCUCCUCCUCACAGGCUCGAACCUCCUCUUGUCCGAGUACUUCUGGCUUCUCGACAACCUCGAGCGACUCGUGCACCAUGCGACCAUGUACGGCCUCGACAUGACGACCGGGGCCAUCUACUUGAAGCGACUCAAGACGAUCCGCAGCGUCGUGGCGGCCAAACCCUCUGAGGUUUGUCAAUGGCUGCCGCUGCUCGAUGACAUUCUGUCGGCGCUCAACGCGUACGCCGACGACUUCAAGCGUAUGGACCUCUGGUACCAAGUGAUCGAGUGCGACACCGUCAUGGACGAGCUGCGAGAGGCCUGCGAGACGUGAGCGCCUGUAUUUAAGAUGUGAAUUCGACUGCUAUUUCUUAUAUCUACAACCACGAUG